UCGUCAUGCAGCGUCUUCUCGGCAGAAGCGUUUGCAAUCAAAACGGCGCUAGCAACACAUAACACGGUCAGUGAUUUGGUGGUUAUGUCUGACUCGGCCAGUUGCUUAUCGGCAUUAGAAGCUGGCACAUCGCAACACCCGUGGAUUCAGCAGAUUGAAAACAUGCUACGAGGCCGUCCAAUCAAGCUGUGCUGGAUUCCGGGUCAUGCUGGUAUCCAUGGAAACGAAGAGGCAGACCGCCUCGCAGGAGAAGCCAGGGGUAAUGCCCCCUUGCAAAUAGCCGUUCCGGGAGCAGACGCGAACAACCAAAUGAAAACAGCUAUCCGAAAUCAGUGGUGCCGUCGAUGGUCUGCGUCCACUGAAGUAAAACUUCGCGAAGUUAAAUUCGACACAGGGAAGUGGACUGACCGCGAGAAUUCGGCUGAACAGCGAGUACUUACCCGGCUUCGCAUAGGGCAUACCCGGCUAACACACGACUUUCUGCUAAAGAAAACUUCACCACCAGUGUGCGACUGCUGUGGGAUCAUUGUAGAUGUCCGCCAUGUGAUCCUCCACUGCAGAAAAUACGACGACGCUAGAAGGAAGCACGAUAUCGAGUCGACUAGUCUGCGAGCGGCUCUGCGCAACGAUAGGAAAAAUGAGGAGAGUAUGGUAAAAUUUCUCAAGGAAACUAACCUAUUUAAAAUGUAAAAUAAUUUCUUCCGA